AUGGAAAGAGCAGCUAUGAUUGGUAGGGAAGGUGGGGGAGCAAAAUGGAAAAAUACAAAGAGUGGAGGAUGGAGGAGUGAAUUGGGGGGGAUGUAUGGGGGGAAGGGAAUUGGGUCUCUAACAGGGGCCUGAAGCAGAAGGAUUGGAUUUAGGAGUCACAUGGAGGGGAGAAUUGGAAGAUGCUGUGGGCUGGGAAGCACGCUGGAGCCUGAGGGUCUGAGAUGCAGGAAAUGCUGUUCCUUUAAGGAGUGUAAGGAAGAGGGCAGUGUCUGCUCUCAGAGCCAUACAGCAGCACUGGGGCACUCUACCAGCAGCUCCCAGGGUGUGUGGCCGGACAAAUUGCCAUUGACGCUACAGAUCUGAGCGAAUUAAUUAAUUGGUUUGCAGAACUGCCGAAUGAGCCUCUCAGGGAGAAGCAAGAAUUUUGUUUGAAAUUCCUGUUCUGUUGCCGAGAUCAAAACUAACUAAGCAAGUCUGUAGUUAAGUCAAUAUUGGUUUUCAGUUGGCAGUGUCCCUGUGUGAAACCUGCCCCAGAUGACCCUCUGGCUUCCAAACUACAGCUGCAAAACGUACUCUGCCUGAUUCAAAGGGGAAUGGCCAGAGACACCUCUGCCCAAGUAGAGCUUUGACAAUGAAGUUCUUGGACUGUUUUGCUUGUGGACAGAGGAUAAAGUGAUGGAUUCUAGUGUAACCUGUGUCUCUCCUGAACUGUGUAACCUGUUUCAAACCAGCUGUAUUUAAAACAUUGCUUAAUUGCAGUGUUACUGUCUAACUCUCCAUGCUGCACCUGGGAGGAACUUUUCCUGGGGAUUUCCUAGUCUGAUCUGAGUGACAAUGAAGAGCUCUGAUUUGUAUCUUGCAGAUGCUGUUGGUAACUAAGUAUUAAAGCUAGUCAAAACUCACGUUCUGUGAAAAAAAAUUUAAAACAAAGUUUGCGUGUGCAAUGCAAAAAUGGGAUUUUCAGUGAAAAAAAUUAUUUUCAUUUUGUUGGGGGAAAUCUUUCACUUUCUUUUUAAACUCCCCUCCCCCACAGUGUUUUUUUUUUUUUUAAAGUAGGGAAAAGGGGUAAGAAAUUUAAACAUAACAGAAAGUGAGGGGAAAACACUUUUCUCAUGGGGGGGGGAGUUUUUUAGCAUUUACAUCUAGAAAGGACCAUCAGAUCUUUUAGUCUGACCUCCUGCAUAUCACAAGCCAUUACAUCUCACUAACUGUAUUAAGCCCAAAGACUUUAGUCAGACCAAAAUAUUUUGGCUCUGAGAAAAAGAGAACAGGUGAGGCCAAGGUCCCUGUGAUGUCAGGGAAUGAUUAGAUGAGAUGUGCACAGGAAAUCACAGCAGGUGAUCCAUGCCCCAUGCUACAGAGGAAGGCAGAAAAGACCCUAGGGGCUCUCACCAUUCUGAGCUGGAGGAAAAUUCCUUCUCAACCCCAAAUCUGGUGAUCAGCGUGACCCUGAACAUGUGAGCAAGAGGCACUAUCCAGGUUUGCUUUUUCAAAGGAAAAAGGUUACUUUUGAAUGUAAAUGUUUUUUUUCCCCUCACACUUCUCUAAUGAGAAGAAUGGGGGAGGAGGGUGAUGGGAGGAAAAAAUAGAGAGGGCAUUUCCCCACCAUUUUUAAACAAAUAAUUUCAGACAUACCAAAAAAUAACCUCUCCCUCAACUUAUUUGUUUCGAAAGUGUUUCUGAAAACUAAAACUUCACCUCCAAAGACAUGUUUGAUUGGGUGGGAGAAAGAAUGCCGUUUCUUUGACAACCCCAUUUUUUACCAAAACGAUUUUAAUGGAAGACCUGGUCAAAGUUUAUCAAGUAUGUACCAAGCUAUGUUUGACAUCGCUGUCUCGCUCCCCUGAGGAGGAGUGGGAGGAGCUAGCAGGAUGGCAGAAGGAGCUGUAGAAAGACGAGAUGAGGGACAACUACAAGACUUUGAUCUCACUGGGCGUGCUGUCACCAAACUAGAUGUUGCAUCCCUGAUUGAACAUGGGGAAGAGCCAUGUGUCCAGGCUCACCAGGAUUCGAGGGAAAGAGACCUUUCUAAAGGGGUCUCCUUUGCAGAUGAUGGAAUCAAGUGGAAGACUGAAGAGAAUCAUCAGCAGGGAAAUUCUGAGGGUUUGGCAGAGCACAGGAAUUUAUCACAGAGAGAGAAAGCAAAUAGCUCUGAUGAGGGAAAUACGUGUGAGGGUGAACGUGGGCCAGCCGACCAACACGGGAACAUAGGGGAUGAGAGCAGGGAGAAAUCCACUCCAAAUGAAAGACCUUUCAGCAAAUGCCAAAACAUUCCUAUUCGCACAGGAGAGAGACCCCAUAAAUGUACUGAGUGUGACAAAAGCUUCACUCGCCGCUCACAUCUUCUUCAGCACCAGAGAAUCCACACGGGGGAGAGACCCUAUAAAUGUACCGAGUGCGAGAAAAGCUUCCGACAGAGAUCAGAGCUGAUUGAUCAUCAGCGAACGCAUACGCAAGAGAAACCCUACAAAUGUGACAAGUGUGGGAAAAGGUUCAUUCGGAGCACACGGCUUAUUCAGCAUCAAAAUGUUCACAAUGGAGUGAAACCCCACAAGUGCCCCCAGUGUGAGAAAAGUUUUAGCUGGAUCUCCUCCGUUAUUAAACACCAGAGAGUCCAUACAGGUGAGAAACCCUAUAAAUGCCCCGACUGUGAGAAAAGCUUCAGCUGGAGCUCGACCCUUAUAAAGCAUCGGAGACUCCACACAGGAGAGAGACCCUAUAAAUGCCCUACCUGUGCAAAGUGUUUUGUACAGAGUGCAAAUCUUAUUAAACAUCAGAGAGUCCACACAGAACAGAAACCCUAUACAUGCGGGGAAUGUGAGGAAACCUUUUUGAUCAGGUCUCAUUUCAUUCUGCAUCAGAGAAUGCACGCAGGAGAAGAACUCUACAAGUGCGAUGGCUGUGAGGAGUGGUUUGGUCUUGUCUCGGACCUUCAUAAACAUCAGAAGAGCCACACAGGAAAGAAGCCCUAUAAAUGCUCUGAAUGUGACAAAAGCUUCAACAAGAGUUCAAAUCUUAUUAAGCAUCAGAGAAUCCACACGGGGGAGAGACCCUAUAAGUGCCCCGACUGUGACAAAAGCUUCAUUCAGAGCUCGCACCUGAUGCUCCAUCAGAGAGCGCACAGGGGAGAAAAACCCUACAAAUGCCUGGACUGUGAGAAAAGUUUCCACCAGAGCUCCCAUCUCAUUCAACACCAGAGAGUCCACACGCAAGAAAAACCCUUUAAAUGUCCUGCGUGCGAGAAAAGUUUCAGCCGAAGCUCAGUGCUAAAUAAACACAAAUUAAUCCACGUGGGAGACCAGAGCUAUAAAUGCAGCCAGUGUGAGGAAACCUUCACUAGCAACUCCCGCCUUCUUCAGCACAAGAGAACCCACCAUGUGGAAAGACCUUACACAUGCCCUAACUGUGAGAAGAGUUUCAGUCGCAGUUCGCAGCUUAUGCUCCAUCAGAAAAACCAUGCAGCAGAGAAACCUUACAAGUGUGCUGACUGUGACAAAGGCUUCGUUUACAGCUCACAUCUAAUUCAGCAUCAGAGAACUCACACUAGAGAACGACCUUAUAAAUGUCAUGUGUGUGAGAAAAGCUUCAUUCAGAGCUCACAUCUCCUUCAGCAUCAGAAAAUCCACACGGGAGAGAGACCUUUUAGAUGUAGUGAUUGUGAGAGAACCUUCAAUCGGAGCUCCAACCUUAUUAAACACCAGAGAACUCACACCAGGGAGAACCCGUAAGAGAUGCUUCCAUAUUAACUCCACGCUCUUGACGAUAAGAGUAUUCACACAGAAGGAAAAUCUUAUAAAUAUUCCAUGGGUGAGAGAACCUUCAGUCAGAAGUGUCAUGUUGUUGUUCAACUUUGUAUCAAACUGAAUUAAGGUCUCUAGGAAACUUGCCUUGACCUUCUUAUAUUGGCAAGAGUUUUGCUGGUAUAAAUUAUAUCAGUUUCCCUAACAAUAUACCAUCCUGGCAAAUGGACUCAUUUGCUGAUAUAAUUAUGCCUACGCUGCAAAGCUUGCCAGCAGUUAUGUCUAUUUGAGGUGUGAUGUGUGAGUGAACAAUGUGCUGGUAAAAGCCCCUAGUGUAGGCACAGUUACAUUGCCAACAUUUGCACUUUACCAGUAGAAUUUAUUUUGUUUGUGCGGGGACGAGGACGGACACUGUAAUAAACUAUACCAGCAAAAUGCUAUUUUGCCUGUAUCACCUGAGUCAUGUUAGCAGCAGUAUGGGGGUAUUGUAUAUUGGUAUAAUACAUUGGUAUAGCUAUAUUGGCAGAGCCUUACAAGUGUAGGACUCCAACACAGUAAGUAACAAAGCGUUGAUUGCCUGAAGUGAAUAGUUAAGCUCCCCUAAAAAUGAGCAAGAGACGCAGCUUGAUAGCUGUCCAUGUGCAGAGAAAGAAUACACACACACACACACACACACACACACACACACACACACACACACACCGUCACAAAGCUGAUUUAGCUUCUGCUUUUCAGGUCAUGUAUUCCAUCAUCUGUCAUUGGGACUGUUCCACCUGGAAGAGGGAGUAACUUACAUGGUCAUUCACUAUUCAGAUGGUGUAAAACUGGUGCGAGCUGCAAAUGCCAUUGAGGAAAGAGAAAUAAGUCAAAGGGGCCUGGAGGGAUUAAGCACCCCAUAUGGGUAGACAUCAACCGGGAGGUAGAAAAAUGAAAACUGCUGCAUGUGGGCAAAAGUGAUGUGAAAUACAAAUAGUCACUGACAGAAAGCUAGCGUGAGCGGCGCUGACGAUAAAAGGCAACAGUAUAGAGAUGUGUGCUUUCGGGUGUGUCAUUGUACAGUCAUCUUGCCUGAGUCUAGCUCAGAAUAUCACUAAUGAAUUCGAGGUUGUGAGUGAGAGUCCAACACUGAGUUCUGGUCCCAGCUUUGUGCCUCUGUAGAAGAGAAAAACAAAUGUAAUUUUGGGUUGUAAUUGCAGAGGCAUGAGAUCCCAGAACAGCUGUGGAACAGUCUCCAAUAAGAAGUGAUGAGAUUCAUGUUGCUUGGGCCUUUUAACACUAGACUGGGCACAUCCCUGGAAAAUAUUCUGUGUUGGUUGUCUGGUUUGGGGGAGGGGGUAAUUCCUGAUCUGACAGUACACCAGCAGGCUGUUGGGUUUUUUUGUUCUUAAGGAUAAAAAAAAUUAGUACGUCUUUGGAAUUAAAAUGGUAUUUUAUCAAACGUGUGAAUUGUCUGGAGUUGGGGCGGGGAAGGGAUGCUCCCAGUAUGCAGUGUCUUCAAAUGGCUAAGUUGCGUUGCCUGUGAAUUUAGUGCCACUUCGUUGUCUAGCAGGGCUGCCUGCCUUUGUAUCACCCUCACUAUCUUGUCAAUGCGCUCUGUCCACAGCUCACCGUCCUCAUCUCUCCUUGGUGUCAUGGUAAAGGAAACCUUGCCUCCACUCUUCAGUCUUCUUCUGCUUUUACAGAUGCUGACACAAAUAUGCCUUCUCAUGUGCACGUGCUCUCUCUCUCUCUUCUUCCCCCCCCCCCUUCAAAGAUUUGCCUGGCGUUCAGCCACGGAUAAUGCUUCUGUCCAUGUGGGCAGUGAUGUGUCAGGACGGGGGGUGGGGGGAGGAGGGGUAGAAACAGCACAAGUAGCUAUCGUCUCAGUUCUAGUCUCCAUGCCAAUAAUAAUAAAGUGUUGCUUUUCCUUCGUUUUGGAAUUCCAUUCACAUGGGACCACCAAAGCUUGGAGAUGGUAAGAUCUUUUUCCACCUUGUUUCCCUCCUUAUAUAGGACCUCUGUAGAAAUGCCAGGUUGGUGGUGGACUGGGAAUUGGGGAAGGUGAGGGGGAGGCAGUGGGGGCAGGUUAAGCUCAUGUGCACAACUGCAGGCUGUCCGUACUUGGCGAAUAUGAUGCUGAGGGCAGAGCAAGAUCUUGUUCAACAAGGCCAUGGGCAACCCGGGAAGAUAUUCUGCACCACUCUGUCAGGCUGGUGCCGGAGUGGAAGGGAACAACAAGCUAUAAGGGUAGAGCCAAGUGAGCUGCAUUGCCUUGCGAUGUGCAUGGAAAAAUAGUCAUGUCUUUGUCUUCAGUUCUCUUAUGAUACCUGCAGAGCAGCACAACAUGCACUGCGAAAUCAAUGGAAUUUUGCAGGAAUGGCUCCAAGCCCAAGGGAGCAGAUAGCAAUAGUAAGGCAAUCAUAGCUACACAUUUCCCAUGUCUCUGUAGCCUCCUUUAGGCAAUGUACCUCCUCAAAUCUCAAGGCAGCUAAAAGUUGAGGGCCUUAAUCCAACUGUAAGCCCAGGUACUUUGUCUCUGGCGCUACAAUAAGAAUGCCUGCGGUGCAGCCGUUGAGACGAGUGUGGUGCCCCUGUGGUGGGUGGGUGGGAAGGAGCAGGAAGCAGCAUGGGAAGGGGGGUGAGUAACAUGUUUCCCUGAUGGUUGUAGGAUUUGAUAUUUUAGAGAAAUUGCUUUGGAGCGUUUCCCUAAUGCACAACCACCCACCAUGGCGGUGCCCUGAGGGUACCUGGAAUAAAGCUGUUUAAAGGUUGUAUUUUGAUAUAGCCCCUAAUAGUUAUGGGUGUGAAAGUCAGUAGUGACCCCCCGCACACACCUUCCUUUCUUUACAAUCCAGCAGCCGUUAUGGCUACCAACGGCCAUUAGGGAUAGCAGGCGCCUCACCUACACAGCUAGCCUGAACUUUUGAACUAUCUUGUCUCCCCUGCCUUGAGGCAGAGGAGACCGGCUCCAAACCAGUUUUCACUGACCAGAGAGCAGAAGCGCAGGGUCUGGUAACCACCAAUCAAGUGUUAACACGGCAGGAGUCUUUGUCUGAGUUUGUAUAAAGGAUCUGUGAAAUUUGUGUAAGACAGUUUUUGUACCAAGGUGCAAAGCUCUGCUUUCUUCUGCAGAAUAAAGCAACCUUUUCCUUA